AGAAAAUGCUCCUUCGAAGAUGUCUCCGAACUGUGAAUAGUACUAGAUUUUCACUCAACCGGCUCUUAUCAGCUGACAAUUCAGAUGGCUCCACACCAUUCUCACCAGACAAUGAGAGUGUAACGCCUCAUAACCAGGGUGUUACACUAGAUAACCAGGGUGUUACACUAGAUAACCAGGGCGUGACACUAGAUAACCAGGGCGUGACACUUGACAACCAUGAUGUUUCAAUAGAAAAUCAGGGUAUUUCUCCGGAAGAGGAGAACAAAGUGAUCAAGAAAAUGCAUUUUGUCACAGUAGAAAGCCAGGGAAUUACGAUUGAUAACCAAGACGGCACUCCCAAGGAGGAACUCAAAGAAAUAAAUUUUGUUAAAGUUUCUGAUAAUCUUGAGUCUGACAACGAAGCAGAUGGAAUCCUAAUACAGAAACAGUUAGAGCAAGAUAAAUCUCGCCAGGAAAUGCUGAACAAUCUAGACUCUCUACAUGAACUAGUACAAAAGCACCACAGUGCUCUGAAACAGUAUUCUCUCAAAGAGCGCCCUAUUGCGAGAGAGAACUUUUUCAACGUCAAAUCUUUAUUCACACUACGAGAUCUGUUUGAUAAUCGUGUUCAUCUUGGCCACCAUAUCGUAUUAUAAGUGAACCAUAUUGUAUGGCCAGAUGACAACUUACUAAACUAUAAAAAUUAACAAUUCAGCAGGAGCCACAUUAACAUUGGAACCAUCAAAACACUAACAAUACUUUCUCAGGAAGGAGCCAAAAGCUGCCACGAACGGAGCUGGACAGAAGCUGGCGAGAUUAAGAAAUACACAGAACUCAACAUGGACUGGUUUGAUAAGAACAAGCCAGAUCUGGUGAUAUGUUCCAGUGUUAAUAACCCCCAAUCUCAGCAGCUCCUUCUACACUGCAACAAAUACCUUGUACCCACCAUAGGUAUCCUGGAUAGCGACGUGGACCCUACUAACCUUACGUACGUGAUUCCCGGGAAUGACGACUCUUCUCAGAGUAUACUCUUUUAUCAUAAAGUCUUUGCCAAUGCUAUACAACGAGCUAAAAAAGUCAAACAAGUGAUGCAGUUAUCGGACGCUACAAGUAGUGUUAAUGAUGAGAUCAGAUAACACCACCAACAUCAAAAUGGAUAAAUCUUAAUCAGUUUAAUUUUAUUUAAGAACAAAAUAACUUGUAAACAUUCCUUUCGUAUUAUGACACUUUGAACAAUCUUUAAAGUAGACCAAAUAGUGUGUACACUAUGGUUAUGACCAUUCGGACUGCAGAUCUAUCUGCCUCAUCAAAGAGGAUUUAUUGGGAUGUUUUUAUAUGAUUUUUAUUUGUAAGUUUAUAUUUCCCAUCCCUUUGAGUAUUAAAUACUUUACAAUAUUGGUGGUAUCUAAUUUAUUAAUGUCAAGAUUCUGUUUCACUUGUUAGAUAUAAA